CCCCGGCGCGGUUCAGUUUCCGGGCGAGAGUCGCGCAGUCCGCCCGAGCCGCGCCGCGACUUGUUUUAACGUUUUAGAUAGUCAAUUCCAACUAAUCAUCAUGCUGAUAGGACUCGUCCGUGACUCUGUUCUGCAGUGCUUCUGCCACUCGUGCCGCGCUCCGGUGCUGCCGGCAGCGCACCGGAGGUCAGCGCCGGCCAAGAAGCCCGUCGGCAAGCCGCGGACCAAGCAGCCCAAGAAGGUUAAGUUUAUCACGACCGAGAUCCGCUGCCAGGAGAUGUCGAAGGGCGGGCUGGCCUACGAGGUGAUCCUGGCGGAGCCGGUGGGCGCGCCCGCCCCCAAGCGCGCCGACUCGCCGGAGAAGUCGCCCACUGUGGAGGAGAUCCAGGAGAAACUCAAAGCGGCUGAGGAGAGGAGACGUAGUCUGGAAGCGAGCAAGAUGGCGGCGAUCGCGUCCAAGAUGGCGAAGAUCGAGGAGGCGUCGCGCAUCCGCAGCGAGCAGACCAACACUUUCAUCUCCAGCACCAAGGAGGCGCUGGACGCCAAGAUGGAGACUCAUGAGGAGAAGCGCGAGGCCUACAUCAACGAGCUGCGGGCCCGCCUGAAGGACCAUUUAGAGGGGGUGGAGAAGACCAGGUUGACGCUGGAGCAGCAGACGGCGGAGGUCUACAAAGCUAUUGAAGACAAGAUGAACACGGCGGCGGCGCAGCGCGACGAGAACAUCAAGAAGAUGCUCGAGCGCCUCCGCGAGCACGAGGAGCAAGUGCGCAAGGUGCGUUCCGGCAACCAGGAGCGCUUCCAGCAGCUCGAGGACUCCAUCCAGGCCAAGCUCACGCAGGCGGCCGGGCGCCGGCAGCUCAUCGAGGCCGAGCAAAGGGAGAAACUGCGCACCUAUAACUCGAAGCUAGCGGACGUGCGCUCCACAAUGACGGCCAAGGUCGAGGAGAUCACCAAAGACAUUGAGACCAAGUUGACGGCCGCCGAACAGAACCGAGAGAAGGAGAUACAGAAGAGACUGGACUUCGUUAAGAAGGAGGAGCGGCGCGCCGAGCUGGUGCGGCAGAACAAGAGCGCGCGCGCCGAGGCCGACCCCGCCCCCACUUCCGGCUAGACGCGCCAUCGCUUACACUGACUUCCGGGACGCGCCAUAGACUAGCACACCACAGACAAGCGUCGCCAGUGGCGCCAAUAUCUGCUUGCUUGUCAUUUUUGAGUUUCCAAAUUUAAAUUCGAAUUUUAAACUGUGCAAAGGCAACGGUCGGUAUGACAAGUUUGCAGGUAUUAUUGGAAUGUUGUUGUAUACUUUUGACGCCGUAUUCCUUGUUCGUUUAUAUGUGCUACAGUCUCGCCUUUGAUGUUGUUUGGGUGGUUAUGGAUAUGGCGUCAAAAGUAUCUAGUGGUUAUGCAAAGUGGGAUUCAAUGUAAGCGGCAUAUCAAACCAAAUACAAGCCGAACGAAAUUAUUGAGUCUAGCUAGGAGCCAUCUCGGUUUACUGUCAGAAUACUGAAAGUUUAAGGAAUUGAGUUGAACUAAACACGUUGAGUACAAAAGAGGUAACUCUCAAACACAAGCGUACAAUGUCUUGACUGAAUAUCGCACAAAUAAGGCGGAUUUGUUGAGGAUCGGUACUUUAUCUUUAUGAUUAUUUAAAUCGCAGCGUCAGUGUAAGUAAAAGAGCGCCGCCAAUAUGGACGUUCAUAGUUGGUGCAGAGAGGGAAAUGUCUCUCAAGUACUUAUCUCGGUUCCAUAUCACGUUUGUAUUGGAUGAACUUACGUUAAAAGAUUGCAUAAUAUUCAUUUUGUAUCGUAAUUUUUCAUGCAAACUAAUCUCAUUAAUUCGUAAAAAAGUUUACUUUCCAUAAAUGUAUUAUUUCUUCCAAACUUCACCAGUUAUCGCAGUCAUACCCAUGGCCUAUGUAAAAAAUCGUGUGAUCUCACGUAGCAACAGCUUUAGUCAAACCUAUUAUGUACUGGAGGGCGAAUGAAGUCGAAGAUUAAGAUGGAUGAAACUAUCUUUAGUUGUUAGUCAUAUAAUUAUAUCAUUAAUUUUAAUGUUUAUUAUACGCAGCAGUAUUUUAGGGAAAUAUAAUCUCGGUAAUUUUAAGUUCGUCCCAUAUAAUUAUACAUACCUAUGUAACAUUUAACAUUUACUUUUUCCGUUACGCUACUGACUGUCUAUUUUUAAAUUUUAAUAACACGUUGUCGAUUAGUUAACACGGUAGGUGGAGGGCCAGCCAUGAGCUAAGUCUCUCGAAUUUUAAUGUUUUUAUUCUCAACAAUUUAAGACGUUAGUACAAUUUGAUGUAGUCUUGAUUAUCGUGACUUAGUUACUGGAUGGCCCUUUUUAGUUCGCAAGGAGGGGGCGCCACCGUCGCUCCGUGGCUCAUGUUCUCUUUAUUACCACAUCAUUUCAUGUCAUCAACAAUAUCAUCACUUAUUUUCACAAUCACAGUCGAACAAUAAGAAAAUGCAAUAAGUCGGAAACAAAUAGACGAAACGAAUCAACGGAAGUGCCUCAGUAUUUUUCAUAAUCGGCUCACUUGUGACGGAAUAUAUCAGAUGUAACUUAGAAACUGCCUUUCAUAGCGUUUUUAUAUUUUUUUAAAGUUAGACGGGGCGUGUGGGUGUAGUGAUGGUGUUUGGACACAAGCUGCUUCUGUGAUGUCGCUGGAGUGAUGCGAGCAGCCCUCAGGGCGUGUAGUGAAUGUAUGCGUCGAGAGGUGUGGGCUUCACGCGGGGUCGGCUUACGACGGAGAGGGAACGGAUAGUAUUUUAUAGUAUAUUUUUGGCAUUCAUUUAGCGUCGGUCUGUUUUAAAGAUAAUGAUAAUAAUUGUAUAUAUUUAUAAGAGAUGAUGUAUCUUGCUUGUGCGGCGAGGCUUGCGCUUGCUCUAUGUUAACGAACGCUGGGAAUAGGUGUAAAAUAAAGUAAGGGAGUAAAUGAUAAUUUUAAAGUAGCAGUGCAGCCGAAAGUCGACCUUACCACUUCGGCUUAGGAAAAAGGUGCACGCCACUUGAAAUGUAUCCUACUGUAGCUUGAUUCUCAGAAUGACAUGAAUAACCUCUAUGACCAAUUUGCCUUGAAUAAUGUGUAGCAUUUUAGAACUUUACGAUCUAAAGGAAUCAUGAGAUGCAACAAUGUAGCUUUCUGAUGAAGUAUUGUUUUUCACUUUUUUGCGUACUACUCGUCGCCUCCUAUCUCUUAUUAUAAUGUUAUUAUUAAUAAUUAAUUAUGUAUGUUAAUUUUAUAUUUUAUGUAAUUGAUGUGCUUCAGUUUGUGAGCUAUAUGAACAUUGCUGGUUGAAGUGCAGGCAACUUUUGUAGUUUCAUUGUCGUAUUGAAUAAAGUCAUAAAUUACAAAAUA